AUGUCAAUUCACCGACGAUUCGACGAGGUUCCCGCAGGUUACGCCAAGCUCUCUGCUUUCAUCGGGAAGGAAAGAAACUUUACGACAUUUCGAAAAUUGGAUGAAUUAGACAGAAGCCUGAACUCCAGGAGCCAAGCGGACGGCAAACCAGGCAGCGAAGAUCCACGAUAUUCGUGGAAUGAGUUUGUAUGCGAUUCAGAGCGCCGGCGACUCGUCGAAGACAUCAGAGCGAAACUAGACGCCGACAAUUCCGCUCUACUCCAAUGCCAUAGAGAGUCAAACCUCAGUGCUCCGAGCCGUUCUCAUAUCAGUGGGCUCAAGGCAUGGAUGAAUGAUGCAAACCCAAUACAAGAUUCAUCGGCACAUAUCGCCGAGAACAGAAGCUUCCUCGGCGAUCGAUACCGUGACGACAACCCGUCCACCAUCAGUCAUGAUGUCGAGAAUGGCGAGGUAGCUUCGCUGACUACUCCUGCCGAUAGUUGGCUGGCACGCGCCAUGCGAGGGUCUUUUCUGAAAUACGUCUUCAUGAAGGACUUUAUCUAUAGCAACGGCAAGGAGGAAAUCAUAUACUUCUUCCCGGGCUCCAAAAUUGACGACAUUGUGACCGGGGUUGCCACACCCUCCGCAGUUAUGCUUAUAGUAGUUGCCACUAUACCACUACGUGUUGAAAUGCGGGAAAAGAUCGUGUUUACGCUGCUUCUAGCCAUAGUUCUACCGCUGUGUGGUGCGAAGAAAUAUGAAGUGGUGCUGGGAACUGCAGGGCAAGUUUCUCUCCACAAAUUUGACCUACCACGUUGCUGA